AUGCAUAUAUUCAAGCAGCUUCUGCCUGGCAUAAGUCAAUUAAAUGGUGCCAGAAAGUAUUAUCAAGCAUCAUGUUUUGCCUUUAUACAUUCAUGCCCAAAAUCCUCUGUGGAAGUCCAUUCUGAAGAUCAGGAAGUAGUGAUUGCUUUGGGAAGCAAUGUGGGUGACAGACUACAUAAUUUCAAUGAAGCCUUGCAGUUAAUGAAAAAAUCAGGCAUGCAAAUUACAAGACAUGGCUGUUUGUAUGAGACCGCACCAGCCUAUGUAACAGAUCAGCCUAAUUUCCUUAAUUCUGCUGUUAGAGCAGUUACAAAACUUGGGCCUCAUGAGCUAUUAGGAGCACUGAAGAGAAUUGAAAAGGACUUGGGUCGUACCCAAGGUAUAAGGUAUGGUCCCAGGCCUAUUGACUUGGAUAUAUUAUUCUAUGGGAAGUUAAAAGUCAGAUCUGAGACUCUUACGAUCCCCCAUGAAAGAAUUUGGGAAAGACCAUUUGUCAUAGCCCCACUAAUGGAUUUGCUGGGUUCAGCUAUUGACAGUGAUGUAGUUGCUUGUUGGCAUUCUUUCUCCACACAUUCUGGUGGGCUUUUCAAGUCUUGGGAGAAGUUAGGCGGCGAUUCCCUCAUCGGAAAGGAAGGUCUCAAGAGGGUCUUACCCAUUGGAAAUGGCUUGUGGGACUGGUCAACGAAAACCUCUAUCAUGGGUAUUCUUAAUCUGACUCCAGAUAGUUUUAGCGAUGGAGGAAAAUUUGAAUCUUUGGAGGCAGCGGUUGCUCAGGUUCAAUUGAUGAUUUCAGAAGGGGCAGAUAUGAUUGAUAUUGGUGCACAAUCAACAAGGCCAAUGGCAUCUAGAAUUUCAGUUGAACAAGAACUGGAUAGACUAAUCCCUGUCCUCGAAGCAGUUGUUAGGAUGCCAGAAGUAGAGGGAAAGUUGGUAUCUGUGGAUACAUUUCAUUCAGAAGUUGCUUCUGAAGCGGUUAGCAAAGGGGCUCAUAUUGUAAAUGAUGUAUCUGCUGGUCAGUUGGACUCUAACAUGCUUAGUAUUGUUGCAGGCCUCAGGGUACCUUACAUUGCAAUGCAUAUGAGGGGGGAUCCUUCUACAAUGCAGAACAGUGAAAACCUUCAAUAUGAUGAUGUUUGUAAGCAGGUUGCCUCUGAGCUAUUAUUGAGGGUGAGAGAUGCAGAAGUGUUAGGCAUCCCAGCUUGGCGGAUAAUCAUUGAUCCUGGAAUUGGAUUUUCAAAGAAUACUGAACAGAAUCUGGAUAUCUUAAUGGGGUUACCAAAUAUUCAAGAGGAAAUUGGGAGGAGAAGUUUGGCUUUAUCUCACGCACCCAUAAUGAUCGGACCUUCCAGAAAGAAAUUCUUAGGUGAAGUAUGUAAUCGCAAGGCUGCGAUCGAGAGAGAUCCCGCUACUGUUGCUUCUGUGACUGCUGGUGUUUUGGCUGGAGCAAAUAUUGUAAGAGUGCACAAUGUGAGGGAUAAUCUAGAUGCUGUGAAGCUAUGUGAUGCAAUGCGUAGACAGAAGAGAGCUUUUCCUCAAAUUAAGAACGAUUUAUGA